ACUUGUUAAUAAUUGAGAAUCUACUCGUUGCCAAAUUCAAUUGAUCCUCAGAAUCCGAAAUUGGAAGUUUUCUAGGGUUUUAACAGAACAAAAGAGAGAAGAUGUUGCACCUUCUAUAUGGAGUGAUAUUGGGAGAGGCAAUUGUGAUACUGAGCUUUCUGUUCAAGUCCCCACUGAGGAAGGUUGUUAUCGUCACCCUUGAUCGUCUCAAGCGCGGUAGGGGUCCCGUUGUGGUGAAGACGGUGGCGGGUACCGUGGCUGUGGUGCUCGCCUCCUCUCUCUACAGCAUAUCUGAGAUCAGGAGCCGCAUGUUUGAUCUUGAAGCUGGCGUCAUCAACCCCACCGACCAAGUCCUCUUGUCAAAACACAUUCUAGAAGCUUCUCUCAUGGGGUUUGUGCUGUUCCUCGCCCUAAUGAUAGACAGAUUGCACCAUUACAUUCGAGAGCUUCGUGUACUUAGGAAGGCCAUGGAGGCUGCAAAGAAACAGAAUCGGAGUUUUGAGGAAGGUAAAACUGCCCGUGCAGAGGAACAAAAGGCAUUGAUGGAAGAAAUCGCCACAAUGAGACUCGAAGUAAAGCAAUUGGAAUCCGAAUGCGAGGCGAAAAGAAGCAGGGUGAAGGCCUUGGAAGGUGAGGUAGAGGCUCUUAAAAAGCAAUCUGAGGGUCUACUUUUGGAAUAUGAUCGCCUCUUGGAAGAUAAUCAGAAUAUUCGGAGUCAGUUGGAAGGUACUUCUUCCCAUGUUGAUAACAAAAAGAACAUGUGAAUGUGAAUGUCCAAAUAUGAAUGCCGCAAAGCAAUUUUUCUCCUUUUGAUUUGGCUGCUUCCUUUUGUAAGGCGCAUGCUAUUUAUAUAGGGAACUAGAAUACUUGAGUACAGUAUAAAUGUAUUCAAAAUUUUGUUUAUAAAUCAUGGUAUGUUAUGCGUUUUUUAGUGGAAGUUUUCAUUUCAUUA